CCUUAAAUAACACAUCUAUCACAAUGUUCUCACCCUUUUAGAGUCUUCUUCGUCACGACGACUCUUAAUCGAUCUAUGCAACCAGUGGACCUUUUCGUUGCACUUUCAUCUUAGAUAAAAAAAAAAAAAAGAAGAAAAAAACCAUCGACUACUACUCGUCGAACGUGAACCAUCGAGAACGAGCAAACAAGUGGUGUGUUCACGAUGAAGAAGGAGAGGCUGAUCGAAGAAUCGCAAGCUCUCCUCGGAGGUGAUCGGAACGCGCGUAUACCAGCGAAGACGACUGUUCGCGACUGUCGCGUGGGCGGACUGGCAAGCCUCGUGCUUUCAAAAGGAUCGACCAACCGUCGUAUAAUCGUAAAAUGGUCCCGUGCAUGGAUUGGCCGGGGAAACGUAGGAAAGGCGGCGACCAAUGUCCUCUAUCUUCGAAAAGAAUCUAACCGCCAGUAAAAUCGCCGUUACGAAGCAUGGAUCCUUGCGGCCAAUCGACGAUUUUGCCUUCGAGGCCUCGGGGGCUCUCGAGAGUCCGCCAUGCUGUCCCCGGAGCUUUCCUAAUUUAGAGUUUAAUUAGCACCUGAGGAACAGGAGAACCGUGCACAGGCAUCGAUUGGACGGUAACCAUCGUGGAAACAGAGAGAAGAAAGACGUCGAACAGAGACGACGAUAUGUCAGCAGUCAGUCUUCGGAUCGUCUUCGCCGACUAGUGUGAAAUAUCGCGCCCAAGUGUUACGAGCACGGCCACGCGGCCGCGGGGACCGAAUAGUCUCACCGAGGAAAUAGAUUUUCCGUCCUUCUUCCCGUUCUUCUUCGACACUUUUGUCUCCUCUUCCCCCUUUUUUUCUCUCUCUUUUUCCAUCCUUGGGAAUCGUUAAUUCGAUUUGGAAAUCGAACUAAAUUCUAUAAGUUGAAAGAAGGGUCUCUUCUUCCUGUUUCCUGUUUCCAUUAAUUCUUCAAUUUCUUCCUUUCAUCUUCCUGGUCCUUUCUUUGAGAGUAGUAUUUGUAUUUGAUCGAAAGAUAAUACAAUAGAAAAGAUUGUUAGUUUUUUGUGUGAAUUGGAUUACGGAGGUAUAAGGAAGAAAUAUUAUCGUAGAAAUCGAAGAAAGUAUUUCUUACCUCUUCCGAGUCUCGAGCAGAGAGAUCGAAGAACGAAUUCUGGGGAUCGAAGAGAAGAGAAAAUGCAACCAGCUCCGGCUACACCCGGUUCUCCAACACGGUCAUCUUGUUGUGAACGAGAUCGCGAGCGGGAAGUUCACGAGGAUCGUGGAAGAGAGCGGAACAAUACUGGAAGACAAAGUCGAAUGACUCCGGAGGAAGAUCACGAGGAAAGAGGCAACGAAAGGACGGUGAUUUCGGGACAGAAUCUUGGUGCUAUGACUGUUAGCGGAAAUCAGGGAUUACCUCUUUCAUUGUCGCUCGAAGACAGAGAUCUGUGGACUAAAUUUCAAUGUUUGACCAAUGAAAUGAUUGUCACGAAGAAUGGAAGACGGAUGUUUCCUGUUGUCAAAGUAGUUGCAAGAGGAUUAGAGCCGAAAGCUAUGUACACUCUUCUUCUUGAAUUCGUUCAAGUGGAUCCACACAGAUGGAAGUACGUUAACGGAGAAUGGGUCCCAGGUGGAAAAGCAGAAGUCGCUCCUCCGAAUCCAAUUUACAUCCAUCCAGAGAGUCCAAAUUUUGGAUCUCAUUGGAUGAAAGAAGCAGUAUCGUUUGCUAAAGUGAAAUUGACAAACAAAUCCAAUGGAAACGGGCAAAUUAUGCUAAAUUCAUUACAUAAAUAUGAACCUCGAGUGCAUUUAGUUCGUGUAGAUGCAGUGGAAGAAAGAACGGUGCUCACCUAUCGUUAUCCUGAGACACAAUUCAUAGCGGUGACAGCUUAUCAAAAUGAAGAAGUUACAAAUUUAAAAAUUAAAUACAAUCCUUUUGCGAAGGCGUUUCUUGAUGCUAAAGAAAGACCUGCUGAUCCACAAACUUAUCCGCAAUACACUGGCGCUUGGUUUUUACCACAACCUACGAUGGGAUAUGAAUAUAAUACAGCCACGGCUAUUGCGGCCGCACAAAAUCAAGCAUCAGUGACAGUCAAUAAUCAUCUUUCUAAUUCUUGUACCGUUUCCACAGCUGGUCACAGGAGUACUUGUAGAUCAACGCCUUACACUUUGAGACAUAAAUACAUUCAAGAUGAACAACGCGCGGAUCCAUAUAGUUCAGUACAACUUUUGCAUUCUACAGCAUAUGUAGCGCCACCAGGAUGGUCGCCACGUAGCCCAGAAUCUCUGCAAAAUUUAAAUCCAACUUGUCUUCCACCUACGCAGGAAUGGCCUACAUCUCCUUCGCCUUCGCCAACUUCAUCUUCGCAUGCAGUAUUUAGUAGAGGCGUUGUUGGAACAGCAUCUCCAACCACAGCUACAGGAUGCACUUUAUAUGUGCCAUCAAACCUAUCUUCUGUUCCUCAGGAACACAAUCAUUGUACUGAUACUUCAGCUUGGAUUCAUCCUACUACUCUAUCGGAGCAACAACAACAACAACAACAAUCUUAUUUAAAUUUAAAUUUACAUUUACAUCAUCAAAUGUCAUCUUAUACAUCAGUUCCUCAUACAGGGUUACAUCAUACUUUACACUCAAAUGGAACAGAUACCGUUCCUCCUGUUGACGAAUACGUUCACGAAUAUCAUGCUUCUCCUGUUCAAUCAACAACACCCGAUCGUCAUCCACAUCAUCAUCAUUCUCAAAUGCUACAUUUACAACCAAUCCAACAAGCUGGAACAGUUUCUCCUGUUAGUGUCGAAUACGAUACUCCUUCGAAAGAACAUCAUAUACCUGUUAGUUAUUCUGAACAAAAUGCAGAUACAUUAAAUGAUGUACAAUCAGAUGAAAAUAGAAGAUAUCUAACAACGGUAAUUGAUAGACAUCAUCGACAGGAUUCAGAUAUUGCAAAUAAUGAUCAUCAAGCCACUGCUUGGACACCAUUGACACCACCGCCGGCACCACAAACUACAGCAAUUUGAUUUCUGUACAUGAUACAAAUGAUUUUAUUUAAGAUAUGGAGUUGCUAUUUGAUAAUUUCUAUAUUUCUUUUAAUAAUUAGAUGACUAAGUAUAA